AUGGAGGUCUAUCGCAAAAUCGACCACCUCUGGAGAAACGUUGCCUCACUACGGAAUACAAGUGUUCUGGGAAAGGAGCUUCCUACCUUUGGAGGGAAUCCAGAAGACUGGCCUAUCUUCAUCAGCAACUUCGAACAGUCCACAGCAACCUGUGGAUACUCAGAAGCGGAGAAUCUAGUCCGUCUUCAACGAUGUUUGAAGGGGCACGCGCUGGAGUCGGUUCGCAGCCGACUUCUCCUACCAGGAAGUGUACCGCACGUCAUUCAGACCCUGCGUACGCUUUACGGUAGGCCAGAGCUGCUUAUCCGUACUCUGAUGACGAAGAUCCGCCAGGUUCCAGCUCCUACGCACGAUCGAAUGGAAAAACUGAUCCAAUUCGGUCUCUCCGUGCAAAAUCUGGUCGACCAUAUCAAAGCAGCAAACCAGCUGAACCAUCUUUCGAAUCCGGCGUUGAUGCAGGAGCUUGUAGAGAAACUGCCUGGUUCGAUGCGACUCGACUGGGCAAUCUACAAGAACAAAAACCAGCCGGCGACCCUCGAAACAUUCGGGGACUACAUGGCCGGGCUGGUAACGGCGGCGAGUGAGGUGUCUUUCGAGCUCCCAGGAGAAAGUGCAACAGCAAGAAAUGACAAGCGAAAGUCCAGGGAAACCGGGAACGUCUACGCACAUUCCGGUGAACGAAUCCCCCUUUCCGCGUCCGGUGGAUCAGCUACCCCUGGAGCAACCGGCGGGCUAAAUUCUCCAGUCAACACGAAGGCUAGCAAGCCAUGCGCAGCGUGCGGUCGGAGCGGCCAUCGGGUGGCAGAAUGUCAUCAGUUCAAGGGUGCGACUUUGGACGAACGCUGGAAACUUGUUCAGCUGAAGGGUUUAUGUCGGACGUGCCUGAAUAACCACGGCAAAUGGCCGUGCCGUUCCUGGAAUGGAUGCGGCGUCGAAGCUUGUAGGCAAAAGCACAACACCCUCCUACACACCUCUCCCCCUCGGGAAACCGACAGAUCCUCCCAACCAAUAUUCGCCUUCAUCGAUGAGGGCUCUUCCUACACUCUGCUGGAGGAAUCAGUCGCGAAGCAGCUAGGAGUUAGAGGUCAGGUAGAGCCACUAACACUCCAAUGGACCGGCAACGUACAGCGGAAAGAGGCGAAAUCACACCGUGUCCAGGUCGAAAUCGCCGGAAAGGGUUCCGCCAAUCGGCACAAGCUGGUGGAUGCUCGUACGGUCAGCCGGCUUGUUCUACCUUCGCAAUCUCUGAAAUAUGGGGAACUGGCUAAUCGGUUUCCUCACCUUCGUGGUCUUCCCCUGGAGGACUACGAACUCGUCCAACCUAAGUUGCUGAUAGGGCUAGACAAUCUCAGACUGUGCGUCCCGCUGAAGCUGCGAGAAGGAGGACCGAAGGAUCCGAUCGGGGCGAAAUGUAGACUUGGGUGGAGCAUCUAUGGCUGCAUACCCGGUCAGCCGCCGCAAACGGCAAUCGUUAGCUUUCAUGUCGGGGCGGCAUCUGAUCCGGAUCGAGAGUUGAACGAGCAGCUACGUGACUACUUCACCUUGGAGACUGCAGGCGUUUCUGGUCCUCGUGAGAUUCCGGAGUCGGAAGAAGAUAAGCGUGCUAGACAGCUGCUGGUGGACACAACGCGCCGCGUUCCUCUGGAUCGGGAGCGAAAGCUGCAGCAGAAUCCAGAAUUGGAACGACGAGUGCGAGAGCAGAUCGUGGAAUACGAGCGUAAGGGAUACGCCCACAAAGCAAGCCUGGCUGAACUGACGUCCGUAGCAGCUGAACAAGUCUGGUAUCUCCCGUUGGGCGUCGUUACGAAUCCCAGAAAAUCCGGCAAGGUGCGGCUAAUCUGGGAUGCAGCAGCCAAAAAGAACAACGUUUCCUUCAACUCCAAGCUGCUCAAGGGCCCGGACCUACUGUCCCCGCUUCCGCAAGUUCUCCGUCAGUUUCGCCAGUUUCCAGUCGCCGUGUGUGGAGAUAUCAUGGAGAUGUUCCACCAAAUAAAGAUUCGAGCACCCGACUGCCAGUCGCAACGGUUUCUGUUCCGUGACAACCCGUCGGAUCCACCUAGGGUGUAUGUGAUGGACGUCGCCACGUUUGGUUCGACCUGUUCUCCAACCUCUGCACAGUAUGUCAAAAACCUCAACGCGGAAGAGUGUUCAGGCGAAUAUCCGGCUGCCGCGGCUAUCAAAAACAAGCACUACGUGGAUGACUACCUGGACAGCUUCGAGACAGUCCAGGAGGCGAUCGAGGUCGUCAACGAGGUUAAGUUGGUCCACUCUCUGGCUAGUUUCACGCUGCGUCACUUCUUGUCCAACGAAGCAGGUGUUCUCGAGGGAAUCGGUGCGACAUGCGAAAUUGAGCCGAAGAACCUGGACCUAGAACGUGGAGAAAAGCUGGAAUCGGUGCUCGGCAUGAAGUGGAUUCCAUCCGACGAUGUCUUCGUGUACACGUUCGGCCUGAGGGAAGAUCUACAGUCCAUACUCGCCGAAGGUCACAUUCCGACAAAGAGGGAAAUCGCCAGGAUUGUGAUGAGCUUGUUCGACCCUCUCGGGUUCAUCGCCUUCUUCCUCGUACACGGUAAAAUUCUGUUACAAGACAUUUGGGCGAAAGGAACGGAGUGGGAUCAACAGAUACCGGAGGACAUAUAUGAGCGGUGGCAGCAGUGGUCAAAUCUCUUCGGACGACUGAGUGAGCUUCGAAUUCCUCGGUGCUAUUUCCGCUCGCCCUUCCCUGCAAGUCUCGACGGUCUUCAAGUACAUCUAUUCGUCGACGCCAGCGAGUCAGCAUUCGCCUGCGCAGUGCACUUUCGCCUGGAGACAGACAGUGGUAUACAAGUGGCGCUCGUCGGCGCCAAGACCAAAGUAGCUCCGCUAAAAACGCUCUCUAUCCCUAGACUCGAGCUGAAAGCAGCCGUCCUCGGCGUUCGACUGUUAGAGACCAUCCAGAACCAGCACAGUUUCACGAUCAGCCGUCGCUUCUGCUGGAGUGAUUCGGGUACGGUACUUGCGUGGAUUCGCUCCCAUGAUCACAGGCGCUUUCACAAGUUUGUCGCCGUCCGCGUCGGUGAAAUCCUGACUUCCACAGAGCAACGUGAGUGGAGGUGGGUGCCUACGAAGCUCAACGUCGCCGAUCUAGCUACCAAGGGCCAACCUUCCUUAAAGACCCUGAAGAGGACUGGCCGCAACAACGAACGAUCACUUCAACUGACGAAGAGCUACGACCUGCACACUUUCUCUGCACAUUUCGAUCCGAUUGUGGAUUUAGCUCGGUUUAGCAGUUGGACCAAAUUACACCGUGCAACAGCCUACGUGCUGCGUUUCGUCGACAACAUUCGCAGAAAGAAGCAAGGACUUGCGUUGGAGCUUGGCGUUCUCAACAGUGACAAACUACGGCGAGCAGAAGAAAUGCUGUGGAAGCUAGCCCAAGUCGAGGCCUACCCUGAUGAAGUCGCCGUUCUCGCUACAUCUCAAGGUCCGCCGGAUCGCCGUCACGUCGUGGUGAAGAAGUCCAGCAAUAUCUACUCGAAAUGGCCUUUCAUUGACGAGAGAGGAAUUCUGCGGAGUCGUGGUCGAAUCGAAGCUGCCCCUACGUAG